GUCUUUCGGUAGAUGAUUCCCUUUUCUAUGAGUCUUCAAAUCGUGCAGAAUGCGAAGGUCGAAUGAAAUAGGUUAACUCUCCCCGUAUUGGAAAGCACUCGCAUGUGACAUCUCAUUUACGACUACUUGCGGACUAGUAGAAAGGUUUGGCAAUAUUCAGGGAUGGAGAGUGAUCAGCGCCGUGGAAAAGAAAGUGGGGAAAAUGAGGAUGUGGUUGGGAAAGGCAGCGAGAAAAGCAAUUUCAAGUCCGCAGCGGCUAUUGGACACGAACAGCAGUGCUCCGAGGCUGGGUCGAAGACCAACAUGCAGGGUGAGGGAUAUGUAGACACGCCGGUGAAUUUCAGAGAAGACUCGAGCGCAGACGACGAUAGUCCCGCAGAAAUAUGCCUUCAGUUGCUGCUUCUCCAGCAGCAGCAAGAUUUACUGGAGUCUAUGAUAAAGUUGCAACAGGAGUUAAGGUUUAUUGAAAAACAGCUGAUAUGGAUUUUGCACAACGCGCACUGACUAGGGAGACUAGGGAUAAAGACGAUGGAAAGAAGGGACAGACGCAAACAAUACAUGCAAAACACGGGACUAAGGGUGUAUUCCCAGAGAUUUAGAUAGAUCCAGGGAUUAAGAUUUAGAUCGACCUAACU